UUGCAUUACAGGCAACGUCCAUUCCGAGUCGGUGAAGUGAAACUCGCCAUUGGUGGCCACCGGGCGCUGCACUGACUGGAUGGUGGUGACGAUCAGCAGCGGCACGACCACGCUUCACAAUAGCUUCGAGGUGCUACAAAUGGUGGUGGCGGUGAUGCCCAGGACCGACCAGUUCUCAUCCCAAGCGGUCAAACCGGAGAAAGGAGAAACUUUUUAAUGGAAACGCCAAGUGCAACUUUAUCGUUCAACUAUGUUUAAUCGCCAAAAUGAUACAGUUCUGCUUAACAGUGCUACUUCUUCUAGUCUCACCGAUCCUCAGUGUUGACUGGACGGCGAGCUGUCCCGCCAGUUGCGUCUGCAAGUGGUCCAGCGGAAAGAAAUCGGCUCUCUGCAACAAUCUGACCAUUUCCUCGAUCCCGUCGAACCUGUCCACCGAGCUGCAGGUGCUGGUGCUGAACGACAACAACAUCGCGUACCUCAACCGGGAGGAAUUCACCAGCUUGGGCUUGGGAAACCUGCAAAAAAUCCAUCUGAAGCACUCCCGAGUGAAGUACGUUCACCGGGAAGCUUUCACCAAUCUGAAGAUUCUCAUUGAAGUGGACCUGAGCGAGAAUGAAAUCGAAUCGCUUGAUAAGCAAACGUUCGCCGGUAACAAUAGGUUAAGGAUAAUCUAUUUGUACAGUAAUCCGUUGAAGCACUUGGUGUCGGAUCAGUUUCCGGUUCUACCAUAUCUGAGGAACAUUGAUCUGCACAAUUGUCAGCUGAAUAGCAUUGCGGAAACGGCAUUUUCAAAUCUGGAGUUGCUUGAGUUCCUAGACUUAACGAAGAAUCAGCUAGAAUAUUUGCCUCAUUACGUGUUCAAUCAUAUGAAGAACCUAAAGACGUUACUGCUGGAGGAGAAUCCCUGGAACUGUGACUGCCAUCUGCGAGACUUUCGAGGAUGGUAUUUGAACAAUUCGUUGAACAGGAGGAGUUUACAGUGCCACCGACCGUUCAGUUUGAAAGGCUCAACGUGGGAAUCGGUGGAGACGGACCAAUUCGGAUGUGUUCCACAUGUGGAGGUGUUCCGAGAUAAUGCGGACGACAUUGAAGAUUUGGGGGCGAAUAUCACCUAUCGAUGCAUGGUUUAUGGAGAUCCAGAGCCGUCAGCGACGUGGGACCUAAACGGGAAGAUUGUGGAUCAGGAGUUGGUGGAAACGGAGCGAGUCACGAGGAUAGGCGAGCAGACGAUAGUGUGGAGUAAUCUGACGAUACUGAAUAUCACCAGUAACGAUUCGGGGUACUACACGUGCACUGCCAGUAAUAAAAUUGGCUUCGAAAGUAAGAACUUUAGUUUGAUAUUGCCGGAAGUGGUUGAGCGAGUGAUCAUCAAGACUCCGGAGACAUUUUGGUACUUUGGGUUGAUACUAGGUAUUUUCGGAACGAUAUUUGGAUUGCUUUCGCUGUCGGUAGUGAUCUGUUUGUGUAAAAGAAAGUUCCGAACCAGACGAAGAAAGAAGAAUAUCAAAAGUAGUGUAAGUUUCAAUGACCAAGAGAAAAAACUGCUCGAUUUGAGUAUAACGACCAACGAGCGUCAGGAGUUCAGUGCGAGUGAUGUGAUGACUCCAUCAACGAAAACAGAUUCCACGAUAGCGAUGGAACCGGUUCAGAUAACUAUCGAGUCCAUAGCAGCCAAACGAGAAGAAUUCCCGCUGAAUGUAGGGGUGUUUCCACCGCCACCGGAGUUUUGCUCCCAGAUGGUCCCCAAUCCAGCGUACGGUAAUAUCUUUAUUUCGGUAUCGGUGACGCAGGAUGCACUGGACAAUCCUGAUCUAAACAUGUAUCCAGAUUUGCUAAACAUACCAAAUCGAUCCAAGGGAAAGCUUAUCCCGGUGAAUGUGUCUUCGUACGCGACGCUGCCUCGGAAGAAUCGACCAGCAUUGACGGUGGCAUCUUCCGGCUGUAGUAGUCAACCGCCUUCGCUAACGGCGGUUCCUCCUCCAACCAUUCCAACGCAACAUCCCACCGCAUCGACGAGUGGUGUGAUAGCACCGGUAGAAACCCUCCAACUUCAGGACAGUAUCGUCAAUUACUCGAACAUCGAAGAGACAUGUGAAAUCACCGGUCUAAACAAUAAUCCUGCUGCCAUGUGUCAGGAGUGUAGUAAACUGAUGAACUCUUCCGCCAAAAUGAAUGUGAGAUUCAGUAAAGCAGACCUGGUCAACAGGUGUGAGAACAGCUUUCCAUGCCUGAAGUACGACAACAUGGGUCGGCGGUAUACGGCAAGUGGCAACUCCACACUUUCUUUACCCGAAGAGAGUCGUCAGGUUGUACUGGAGCAGGAGAGUAUAUUCAUCAAGCAGGAGAUUGAGCCAAUCAAGGAAAUUCCCACGCCCCCGCUAGCACCGGCAACCCCGACUGCGUCAGGAUCCAGCCCGGGACCAUCCGGACUUGGAACGGCUGCUAUAUUCGUAACCGGAAACGAUUUUGUCUCGCUGUAGUGCCCCUCCCAAAUCCACGCGAUAGUACAAACUUCAUCAUCCCCUCAGAACCCAUUCUCCCAAGCGUACGCAUGGAUCCAAAGUUGACAGCUGACCGAAAGUGGUGUGAUCCGAAAGGCAGCACAUCACGCAGAGAGGGUCGCCUGUUUUAUAGAUGCCACUGAGAGUAAAACAUAAACGAACCACAAAGUGUGAUAUAACGAACCUAAUUACAGUUAAGGUAUCAUAAUCAAUAUGAACUACGAGCUAUAGAGAAGAAAGACGCAUUUUUUUCCUUCCGUACAGAAACGCAACUAGCCACAAGACACCCUAGCUGACAGCAGUAACUUGAAACUAGAAAUCCACAAAACUCAAACAACAACUAUACGCAAACAAUAGCUAAUUUCAAAUCGAUUCAAACUGGGGAAGGUUUACUGAAAUAGUUCAUCGUAACUGAUCGCAAAUUCAAAUACCAUCAAAACACUUGUAAACGAAGUAAAACAAUACUAUAACGUGUGUUGAACGAACUAUCCUGAGUUGCAUUGGUUGAAUGUAUUGAUUGGAAUGAGAUUGAAUUUCCUGAGAAAUUGAGUUUAGCGUGCGCAUUUUUGUUUCUUGAUUGGAACCUCCUCGCAGUAAGAAAUCUUUUUUAGCCGUGUUGAUAGAUUCACACUAAAAUCUCAAUCAAUUCAAUUAAGAGCUUAAGCGAGAAU